CUCUGAACUUUAAAUACUCCACGAUCAAUACACAGUUAUAAUAUAGAACAUACAGGUAUAUACAUUUUUACAGAAGAAAAAUGACAGAGAAAGCAUAUAGCAAAGGUUCAUCAUUCCCGCCUUUGGUAGAUGGAAAGUUGCGACUCUAUAGCAUGCGAUUAUGCCCGUAUGCACAAAGAACAAGAAUUAUUCUAGCUAACAAAAAGAUUCCCUACGAAACAGUAAACAUAAAUUUGAAAGAGAAACCGGAAUGGUUCCUGGAGAAAAAUCCUCUUGGUAUGGUUCCGGUUCUGGAGCAUGAUGGGAAAAUUGUUUACGAAUCUACUAUCUGUAAUGAAUACAUAGAAGAUAUUCAUAAACAGAAAAGUGUCACGCCAACAGACCCUUACAGACGGGCAAGAGACAAGAUGCUUCUGGAAAUGAACAGCAAGUUUACUACGGCCUAUUACAAAGCUUUUCUGGGCCUUAAAGGAGAAGAUGCUAAAAGUUUAAUUGAAGCUGUUCACGCAAGUUUAGUACCUUUAGAAAAUGCUAUUGGAGAGAGAGGAAAUUUUUAUGGAGGUGACAAACCAUCUAUGUUAGACUUUUUGUUAUAUCCACACUACGAGAGAAUAGAACCAAUAAGAACAGGUUUCCAUGCUGAUUUUAUGCCAAUAGACAAACUUCCCAACCUUAAUGCUUGGGUUUCAAGAAUGCAGACUGUACCAGCAGUCAAAGAGACUUUGUUUGAUGCGCAAACCCACAUUGAUUUUUAUAAAUCUUACGGAUCUGGAAAAACCGAUUAUGACAUUGGAUUAAAAUAAACUUUUGUAUAUUCAAUAUUAUUUGAUAGUUUGUGAAAGAAGAUUUGCAAUUGUUAUUGACCAGAUUUUUUUAAUUACUAAUGCAGGACAAAAUAAAUGAAACGAACA